GAAACCAGGCAGCGGCCCAUGUGACUUCUGACGUUUGAGCAGAGUCCUACUAAAAAGAAUGUGAGGGAAUGAUCCUGCUGCUCACCAAGCGGAUCCACGGUGGCUUCCUGACGUCCACUUUAAGGAAGUCCUGAAAAGUUAGCCUGCCUUGCCUGCUUGCUUACCGACUGACUUUUUUUUUUCUUCCUUCUUUCUAUAAUCCCGUAGACUGACUCGUGAUGUCUGACGAACACACGGAGGGACAAGAGGCUAUGAACUUAUACUCUAUAACCCUCUCCGGCCCAGCGCCUUGGGGCUUCAGGCUGCAGGGUGGCAAGGACUUCAGCAUGCCCCUCACCGUGUCAAGGCUGACUCCAGGCGGAAAGGCAGCUCAGGCCGGUGUUGGGGUGGGAGACUGGGUGGUGUCCAUCUGCGACACCAACGCAGAGGACAUGACCCACGUGGAGGCACAGAACAAGAUUAGAGCAGCAACAGACACCCUCUCCCUCACUCUCAGCAAAGCCUUCAAAGCGGGUGGAGACCAUAAGGACUCACUCGCUGCAGCUUCUGUUCAGCCAAAGUACUCGUUUGCCCCCAGCACAACCAUUAACAAGAUGGCGAGGCCAUUUUCAGCAGGUGGUGGUAGCACCAACUCAGGACCUGUCAUUAAACCUGUGGCAUACUCACCUAAACUUAACACUCCACGCUCACAGGGCCGUGCCAGUAUGCAGCAGCCACAGAAUGGCCUUGAGCCAACUCCCUCACCUGCCAAGGCCCAGGCAGCAGAUAAACCAGAUGGCUCCAAGACUGCAACUGAAGAAGCAGGCAGUUCAGCUCCUUCCGUUCGACCACCGUGGGUCACUGACCGUAAUUUCGCUGACCGUUUUCGCCCGGACAAGACCAGCACCGUUGUGACCCAGCACCAGCAGCCAGUCCAGCCGACGCCAAUGCAGAACCGCAGCUCCAUCCUGCAGGCAGCGCAGCAGGCACCUGAAGACAGCGGGAGGACCCCGGUAUGUGGUGCCUGCAACAAAAUCAUCAGGGGUCGGUACCUGGUAGCACUGGGACGUUCAUGGCACCCGGAGGAGUUUACAUGUUCACAGUGUAAGGCGGUCCUGGAGGAAGGGGGAUUCUUUGAGGAGAGAGGGUCUGUCUUCUGCACCAAGUGCCACGACAAUCGAUAUGCGCCCAACUGUGCCAAGUGCAAAAAGAAGAUCACAGGGGAGAUCAUGCAUGCCCUGAAGAUGACCUACCAUGUUGAGUGUUUCAAGUGUGCAGCCUGCAAGACUGCCAUCAGGAACCAAGCCUUUUACAUGGAGGAGGGAGAACCCUACUGUGAGAGAGACUAUGAGAAGAUGUUUGGCACCAAAUGCCAUGGCUGUGACUUUAAGAUUGAUGCCGGGGAUCGGUUUCUGGAGGCCUUGGGCUACAGCUGGCACGAUACGUGCUUCGUCUGUGCUCUCUGCCAAAUCAACCUGGAGGGGAAGACGUUCUACUCGAAGAAGGAUAAGCCCCUCUGCAAAGGCCAUGCCUUUGCUCCGGUGUGAGAGAGCGAGCUUCAUCUUCAGAGGAAGGAACACUUCGUCUCUCUCCCUCCUCUUUCCUCACUCCGCCCUGCGGCACACUCGUACACAGUCUCCUCUUCGCCAACCACACACCUAGUUAAACUCAGUCAAAUGCAGCCUUUAUUCCUUCCUGCACACAUUUUGUUUCUGUGUCGGAGGCUUAAUGCUAACUUCACAUCCUGUUAACUGUGCUGUUAGGACAAUGCAAUGUUACUGCCUGUAAUACCAAAUGCUGUGUUGUGUAACUGGAAGUAGUCAAGGAAUUAUUUCAUAUCUUGUCACUAACUUGUUGAAUUUGAAGGCAUUUUAGAUACAUUAAAGAUGCUACCGCAGUUAUAGAUCUGACUGUAGUUUUAACGAAGAACUCUCGUGACUCUACUAAUCUAAUCCUUGUUCAGUCUGAAGUAAGAUCAAGUUAGUAUCUUCCAAGUUGGAGGAGUCAUUGAACCUCUAAUAACCUAACAUAUAGCAGUAAUGAUCGACCACUACUCCAGCAGUAAGUGGAGAAGUGGUGGCCCCACUCAGGACCCUGGGCCACUCACUGACUCUUACUGCAGUGCCUAUUAAAGUAAUAGGUCCAGUCAAGCAGAGAAGGGGUGUCCCAUUUUUGCUUGACUGGACCCCUGUACCACUCAACAGAAUCAAGAACUGCUUUACUUAUGUUGGCUCUAGGAAAUCAGAGCACGUACUGCAAUUACUAACUGAAAUUUUGAGUUAUGUAAUUAUCCUUAAUCGACCCAAUUUUAAUAGUCACAGAUAUAGGUGAGUGAGAAACUGUUCUUGUUUUUUAAAUGUGUCAAACUCCUAAAAUAAGGACAUCAGCUUUGAAAUUCUCCAUUAUUGGACAUUUGUAUAAGAAGAACAGUAUUUGUCCCCAAUGUUAAUCUGAUAUUGUUAUUAUUCCUUUGAGUACUUUCAAGCCAUUGUUGAAUAUGUAUUUAUAUUGCUUCAGAAUGGGCCUGUAAGUGUUGUUUUUUUUAGCUGCUGGAAGUUUCAA